UAGUUUGCAACAUAGCCAAGGCAGCGCAUGUAACGUGAGGGGUGUUGAAUGCAGUCCAAGUCCAAAAAGUAUGAAGAAGAGAUUCCUUCUCUGCUGUGGGGGCUGGAUCCUGUAUUUUCUGCAUUUGCAAGACUCUAUAUCAAGGAUAUAAAAGAAAUGAGAGAAUCUAAACAAGUGCCAGGUAUAUUCUUUUAUAAUGGACAUCCAGUGCGACAGGUAGAUGUUGUUGGGAUAGUGGUUCAAACCAAAGAGCGAAAUGCCUGCUAUAAUUAUGGAGUGGAUGAUAGUACUGGGGUUAUAAAUUGUGUCUGUUGGAAAAAUCCUGUGGGAACAGAAAGACCUUUAUCAGCUUUUCCAAGUACACCCAACGAUUUUAAUGUGCUUGAACAGAGGAAGAAGCUCCAGGAAAUGAUCAGCCAGAAAACCAAGCUGGAAAUUGGGGACGUUGUCAGGGUUAGAGGUCACAUCCGAACCUACCGACAGCAAAGAGAAAUUCAGGCCUCUGCUUUUUAUAAAGUGGAUGACCCCGUGUGUGAUGUUCAGAUUUCAAGAAUGCUGGAGCUCCCUUGUCUUUAUAGAGAAGUUUAUGAUAAACCUUUCCAAGUUCCAGAGGGGACACAGAGUGGCCCAGAGAGCCUGGAUUUCUCAAAUAUGCUGUGUGAGAAAGUGAAAGGCUUCUUGCUACAGAACAGAAUUCAGACAUUUUAUCAACAGGAGCUGGAAACGAUUGAUACCCUUGUGUCCCUGGCCCACCAGCCUCUACCUAGUGCCACCUGUCAGGAGGUGGAUUCAAAAAGUGACCCAAGCUCAAAACGGAUUCACAGUAUUUUUAAGGAAGCAGUAAGGAUGCUGCAAGAAAAAGGAGUGGUUUUCCAUAAACCUAGUAGCUCCAAGGACUUAUACCACGUGACUGACCACGAUAAGGAGCUGCUUAAACUGACCCUAGAUGUGAUCAAGGAAGACUGUCGAAAACCCAGGCAUGCUGAGAAAGGCUGUCACUUCCUGCACGUCCUGAGCUGCGUGCGGCAGAGCUACCAUCCCUGUCUGUCUGAAGCAGUGAUGCACCGUGUCCUGGAGCUGCUGGAGAGUAACAGCGAUGUUAUCAGCACGAUGGAGGGAUACUACACGACCUUUUGAAGAGGGACAAUAACAUACGUUAGUUGCUGGGCUGCUCAGGGUAAAGUCAGGAAGAUGAAGCGGUUGAGAAGGAGUCUAACUCAGAAAAGCUGCUGUUACCUAAUGUAAUCUAGAUGAAAGGAAUAGGAUUCUGAUUCUUCAAAGGCUACUUUUGUUCACCUUCUGAGAGGAGUUAUCCAAAUACUUUGUCUUAAAAUUUUUGCAGACUUAUAUUCCUAGAAACUUGUAUCAAACUAGUCCUGGGAAUMGUGCAACAGGGGAGCUGGGAAGUUGGGCUUCUUCCUUGUGUGCAUGUUCUUCCCUAACUAGCAAUAAGGUGUGAUGUGGCCCUCCUCACGUUUACAUCCAAAGAGAAGUCAGUACUUCUAAAAGGAGCACGUUUUACAGUGUGGUCACAUCAGGACUUGCUGGCUUAAGGACUGAUCUUGUGACCUUCCAGGUGGUGUGAUAUCUGUGCAUCUUUUAUAUAUGCUUAAUAACAACUGGAGAAAUACCUGCAAGCAAACAAUCGGAUGUAUUUGCCUGGCUUUUUUUGCAGUGUUGGCAUACUGUGUAUGUAUGUAUGUUUCCUGAGUGCACUGUGAUCCCACAACUAAAGCAGCUGCCACCUUCAGCAAAAUAAUGUUCAGGAAUGCAUCCCAUCCUACGGUUUGCCCACUGCUUGCAAGGCAUGUUUGGAUUCCCUUAACUACAGUAGGCUCUACUGAUGCAUGUUGUUGUGGGUUUUGUUCAGACCAGAAGUCUCACAAACSAGCCAUUGUUUUGCUGUUUAUUUUUAAAUUGCUUCCUACACCACAAAUGGUGAGCCCUAAGUCUGCUGCUAUGAUGAAAAUACCAAAGUCAGCAAGACCCACUGUAAUCUCAGUGUGAUGUAGGUUUUUUUUGUGUGUCUUCCCCUCCUUUGUGGCUUUUGGGGAAAACACUAUCCAUAUCACUSUCUGUAUAUGUGUGCCAGCUGAAAGACACUGAUGAAAGAGCAUUGGCCUUAGAGAAAGUUAAGAUGCGGGACGUGCAGGAUUCAUCAGAACUCUCCURUGUGCCAGAGUUCAAAGCCUGGAGCUGUUCUGUAUUUAUGCUUAAAGCUUCUCUGCUGCAGGGUCUUGUCCAAGUAAUCUGUUUAAUUAAUGAUGCGAAAGUGAUAGCUUUAACUGGAAAAGAGUAGAAAAGAUUUAAUGUGUCCUUCCUCUUURCUCUGCUCCUUCCCCAGAACUGCUGAAAUCGCAGACUCCCAGGAGGCAGAGCUAGUGGUAAAGCCCUAUAAGGACUGACAGAGCAGGUAAAAAUAAACCAUCUGCAUGAGGAAAGCCAGCGAGUAGCCCCACAUGUGCCAGGUCUCUGGUAUGAUGUUAUAUUACGUGCCUCGUUCCAAGCCAUGGCUGCAGUGAGAUACAGGCUAAGAGAACGGCAUGACGAAGUAUUUGGCAUUUGCCUUGAGAGGCCCGUGGAAAACUCCAGCCUUAAAAAGGUGGUGCAUUUGUCCAUGGUGUAAAACUAGGUGUAAGCCAUUCUUUCACUUUAAUUUUUCUGCUUGCUWCAGGACUCAGGUUGACAGGUUGCCGUUAUUUCUAGCACUGCCGCUGUGUUUAGAGUUAAGUACURUGUAUUCUAUAGACAGAGGAGAUAGGAAUUAAAAAAACGUGGUAGAAGACUUUCUGUGAAUGGCUCUAGAAAGCARAGAAAGAAGUCCGUGUUCUGAGUAGGAAGAUGGGGAACUAUAAAUUACACCUACCAAAGGUCUGGCUAGUCAUACUGUCACAAGGGAUAUUUCCUUUCAGAUUCCUGCUCUGAUACUGAUCAGCUUGAAGUGUUGCUUUAAGACAAAGGCUGCCCAUGGGAGAAAUUUGGGAUAUCGAUUCCCAUUUUUAAGAUUUAGACUCAUUCCAAGAAUUAACCAUGUAUUACCAUUUGGUUAUGGACAAGGACGUGAGUUUAGGGAUAGUCCAAAGGGAAAGUAUGAAUUGCCCUGGAUAAGUAGGGAUGUGCCAAUAACUGACUGUGCUUAACUUGAGAUGUUCAGCUGGCCAUUUUUGARAGGUUCUGCUCUGUUAGCAGAAGUUGACUUUACUGGGAAAGGGUUAAGUGAAUCCUGCAAACUCCCUAAGAAAGGUGAUCUAGCUUAGAAGAGAGGAAGGCCCUGGUUCUCCUGGGGGUAGCAGACAAGUGUGUGGGCUGGAUGAAUUCUGGGGAGGAGCUCUGUGUGGCUGAGUCUUGGAGGGAAAGAUGGUCUUGAUGGUGUUGCUCUUUGGGGUCUCUUUAAAAUAAGUUAAAACACAAUCAUGCCAAAAUAGGAUUAUAUUUUGGUCCCUGGCAGCUUGUAUAGUUAUGCCUGCAGCAUCUGAUUUCUUCUGUUGCCUCCAAUCUAGACUCUGUACCUUCUGCUAUUUUGAUCUAUACAUAAAGUGUGUCUAAAACUUUCUGGAAAGAACCUGGUUUUGACAGUUAUUUAAGCUGAUCUCUGCAGCAAUGCAAGGGUCUUAGGAGGUGAAUGGUGCUUCCUGUUGGAGAUUGCUCCCCAGGAACAUGAAAAGAUUCUUCUCACUUGAAUUACCUUGAAUUAGGGAAACAACGUUAAUAAGUGCCAGGGAAUUUACAGUUUCUAUGUGCAUUAAAGAUUAAGGUAAAAUUAAUGGAGGAGCCUAGAUUUGAACUAGCCUAAUUCCAGUUCUGUGCAGCCUAAUUCCAGUUCUGUGCCUGAAACGUGCUCUAUUUUUUCCACAGUAGUCACCCAGCACAGGCUACCGCUUGCUCUAAUCCAGUGCAUUCCCCGUCUUGUACCUACAGGGAACAGCACAGGCACAUGCCUGCCCAGCAGUAACCCAGCUAGCUGGGGAGCACAGUAAGUAGCUUGAUUUUACCCAUUUACUCAGUAUCUCUACAGUGUGCUUCUGUGACAGCAGUCUAGACAUACCCAUGUUGGUAUAAGUCACCUUUAUGCAAGUCUAACUACACACACUAGGGCUUUUACUGCUAAUAAACUGUCUCUCUGUUUCAAGAUUAUAUCCUUAACCAAAAGAGUCGUAUCAUGCACACAGUUAAAAUUCUUAGACUAAGACCACACCUUAAAAAUAUUGUGUGGAGCAUUUAGGGAAAGCACACGCUUUUGAAUUAAAARCUCUCAGAGCAACACAAUCAUUCCUGGUUUAUGAAAGGACUUUGAAGGUGGCACUUUAAUGUAAAAUUGACAAGUGAGAAUUCAUGCUGUAGGACUGUGACAUGGCCAGUUCUGGUUUCCAUAGGAACAGUUAUGGCAGUAAAAAGCAAGUAAGGUAAGUAAAUGGAGUCC